AUAAUAGCAAAUUUCUCCCGUGACCCCGCAACCGCACCCCCGCAAAGAGACCAAAACCCUAGCCGUCACCCCGUAACCUCACUGGCGGCCAUGGCGUUCUCCGGCAGGAUCAAGCAGCUCGUGAAGAAGUACGGCAAGGUGGCCGCGGGCGUCCAUCUAUCCGUCUCCUUUGCCUCCAUCUUCGGCCUCUACGCUGCCAUCAACAACAACGUCGACGUCGAAGCCGUCUUCCGGAGAUUUGGCAUCUCCCCCGGCGUUGCCGUCGACGGGGAGGCCUCACCCUCACCCGCCCCUGUCUCCCGCGAUGAGCACCUGCAACACGCCUCCCUACCGCCCUGUCCUAGUGAGGUACUGCAAGAAGAGUCGGAGCAGCGGCAGCCCCGCAACAGGACGAUGGAGCUCGUGGCGUUGAGUGGAGGCCCGCUCGGGCUCGCGCUCCUCUGCAACAAGGCACUGUUGCCCGUGAGGAUCCCCAUCACUAUCGCGCUCACGCCGCCCGUCGCCAGGGCCCUUAGCCGCUGGAAGCUCGGCUAGAGCUGAUUUGUGAGUCCGUUUUCCGCUUCGGAAUGCCCUCUGUCGGUUUAGGGUCAGAGUCGAACUUUGAUGCAACCUUCAUCUUCAAUCUGCUGUUGGAUGACGUGGCCGAUUCAUAGUUUGUCAGAGGUUUUGUUCAAUAAAUGGCGUGACGUUUGUAAUUUUGCAGUUUAUCAUAGUAUGGGAUUGCGAAGUUGGAUUCAUAAAA